UCAUUCCCUCAGGAGAUAUGGUGGCUUGUUGUCCAGCAAUUGACGAAUCGGCUUGACUUUGAUGGCCUCUUUCUUUGUGCUCGUCUGAGCCGCGGCAUGGCAACACUGGCAUUACCGUUACUUUAUAGCAUUCAUGAUCAAUCUCCCGCCUCAAAGGAGUACUAUCGCCAUCCCGAGUUAUCUGUACGUCUCUGGCGAUCCAUCAUUGCGUCUGCUCUGGGCAAAACACUCUAUCCAUACUGCUGCUGGAUUAAGGUCCUGAAGCUCGGCGUGCUCUACGGGCUCCACACGCGCCUGUCCUAUGACGAUUGUACCAUAGGCCUCUGGCACGAAUUUGCCGAAGCACCACUAGGAGAUCUCUGUGCGGUUCGCAGUUUGGAUACGCGCGGCAAAGAGCGGAGUAUCCUUGAGGUCGGUGACCUGGUUCUUAGCUGUAUCCGAGCUGCUGCGAGUCAUGAAGACAGGCGAGUAGGCUUGGCCAGCCUCGAAUGUCCUGUUAAUACCGAUCGCCUGGCAAGCUGGGUCCGGAACCUUUCUUGCGUGACCUCGCUCGUUGUAGAAGAUGGCGCGGUGCUCACCAGUGAUCUGGCUCGUGCUAUCCGGCAAAACUGCCCUGGGUUGAGGGUCGUCGACACCGACAUUGCUCGCGACACGGAUGAGGGCCUGGCUGCUUUUCUAAAAUGCCUUGAACCUAACACACUUGAAUCGUUUAUCGUAGAGCAAAUGGGCGACAUCGCGGGCGAGACCUUCAAGGCCUUAUGUGCACACUCUCGAUCUUUGAAACGGCUCGAAUUGUUCCAGCUCGAACGCCCAGCCUUCGAGACAUUAGACAAACUUGCAAACUGCCUUGCCUUGGAAUCGCUAGCCCUGGGGGGAGAUGGAAAACCAGACUACCCGACCGAAGAUGAGUGCCUGGAGGUUGUUCAAGGGUUGGUACGGUGGUUGCAGAAUUGUGCCUCUCUCAGGAAGUUGGAACUUUGUUCCUUCCCCUGGGGCUUCAAACUCUUAACUCAAAUUCUUAACGCACCUUCUCUUUGUCUGACGUGCCUCAACGUCGACGGGUUGAUCGACGACUUUGACGGCGAGUUAUACACGUCGCUGAGCCACCAAACAAGGCUUCGAGAAUUAACCCUCAGGACUGGGGUUGAUGACUUCUUCAUAGAAAGGGAUCAGGACCACCUCGAAUUCUUUGACGCCAUCUGCUGCUGUCCCGAGCUACGCGAGCUGGCUACCGAUGAGCUGUUCACUUUUGAAGACGUGGAGAACAUAAGCAAGGCUCUACCCAAGCUUGAGUCAAUCACCCUGGUCCCGGUUUUCGCAGACUGGGGGGUGGGUGACGACUUGCUCGUUCGCUUUUCCUCUCUUUCCAAUCUCAAGCGCCUCACAAUAUCUGCCUUCUCAAACAUCUCAGCUGCCGGGCUUUUGACCUUCCUAGAAAACAUGAAACAGGACGGUAAUAGAUGCCAUGAGGGGCUUCAGAUCAAAAUGACGCACCAGGAUGACAGGUUCCGGCUUUCUAAAGAGGAAGAAGCGCUGGUGAGAAGUGUUCUGUCGACACACUUUAAGGGUCGGCUUACCAUUACGUAUCGAGAAUUUUCGGAUGACGUGGGUCGGUGGGUAGAGGUGAAUGACGACGGUGAGGAGGAGAAUACUGAUACUGAAUUCACUGGCUCUGACUUUUUGCACAUGCUCUCUGGCGUAUGA